AUGAGUGAAAGUGGAUCUGAAGCAAAAACGUAUAUAGAGAAACUCAUAGGGGGCUUCUCGGAAGUACCGAACUUGAGGUUCGUCUUCCCAACCGCCAAGCCUAUCAAAUUCUCUCCAUUUCCCUGGAACGGGCAGGUGUCAAACACUUGGUACGAUAUAAAUGCAUUCCGCCUGAAUGCCGUCGAGAACACUCAACAGGUAGAAGAGGCCGGCGAAUAUCUGCGAAGAAUCGUUGACGAACAAAUACAAUCGGGAGUACCAUCCCACAGGAUAUGCAGACUGCUGACGACAUCGAAAGGUUUUAGUAGACAAUUACCUCCUAUCUACUUUUCCAUAGGUACCUUGGAUCCACUAGUUAGGGUAUCAUGGGUAGAAAGCACUGUCAAACUGUUUAGGUCUGCAGGAAUACCCACUUCUCUGAAGGUCAUGUCAGGAACUACUCAUAUGCUGACCAAAUCCGCAAUUGAGGGGCUGUUCAAGUUUAUAGAACUGACUAUAACCUAA